CAUCGCCUCGUUACAACUGUAUUUUCGUGGAGUGAAAAAAAUAACUUAAAAAUAUUUGUUCUACGUUUUUCUUGACGCUGUCAGAACCUGUAGUUUCUGCUACAUUCGCCACCACGUCUCUCCUUAGACCAAUAGGCAAGACGCUAACAGGGCUUUACUUGUAGGAUUCUCAAACCUUUCUUUUUUUUUUGUAUACCUCCAAAAUAAAUAAAUACAAUUCGAGUCGUAAAUUGACUUUUAAUAUUCGCAUUUUUUCACUGAGGUUGUUUCCUGAGUCUUGUUGUAGGAUGGACAAGAACUCAUUAGGUGCGUAUGACUGAUAACAGAUUAAGCCAGGACCUAGAUACAAAGCGAUAGGCAGUUUUCGUCACAAUUUAAUUCACAGCUUUAUCUAGAGAUACAAUCAACAUUCGAUGGAUAUCUACAGUUUACAUUCUAUGGAUAAUUUGGUUUUGUUGACACUCUCAUAUCUUUUUGCUCAUAAGAAGACAACAGUUUAUUUGACCAUAAAUCUUCUGAUGGAGACGUAAUUUCAGUUGGCUAGAAGACUAACUUCUUAAGUCUGCCCAAGGGAAAAAAAACUUGCUGAUUCAAUGAGAAAAUUUCAUCUGGCAGAGGGGAGCUAACCAUGUUCUAUCUUGACUAGGAAAAAAUAGUUUACAAACAAUGGAAAAAAUAAACAGCAACCACACGACUGAUUACGGCACGCUGGAUGACAACAAUAUGGAAUUGGGGACCGCCAAAGGAAGUCCACCAUCUGAAGAAGACCACUGUUCCGACAAAAGUAAGACUACCCUGAAAGAAAAAUGUCUUCGACUGGUCAGGGCCAACUUAUUGGUCCUGCUUCUCAUUUUGGCUUUGACUGUCGGAGUGGCCCUUGGCGCUGGGCUUCGUAGUCUCGACCCAACCAUGAACAAGCGUCAGCAGAUGUAUCUUAAGUUCCCCGGGGAAAUAUUGAUGAACAUGCUGCAGCUUCUGAUUCUUCCUCUCAUAGUCUCGUCCUUGAUCACAGGACUAACAUCUUUGGAUGCGGGUUCAUCAGGUAAGCUUGGAGCUCGAGCUAUCCUUUACUACAUCACCACGACUCUCUUGGCAGUCAUACUGGGCAUCGUGUUGGUACUGUCCAUCAAACCUGGGGAGCGAGGGGACAAGCCAGUUAAGGGGAGCAGCAGCGUCGAUAAAGUGGAGCCAGCUGACACCUUCCUUGAUCUUAUUAGGCAGAUGUUUCCAGACAAUAUAAUUGAAGCAACAUUCAGUAAAAAAUUAACGAGGCUUCAAAUGGUAGUUACAAACAUUUCGGCAGCUAAACUAAAUUAUUCUUUGACCAACAAUAAAACUAUUGAACCCGAAUAUAGGCCAGUGCUUGUUCAACAAAACGGCAUAAACAUGUUAGGUCUUGUUGUCUUCUCCGUUGCCAUGGGGAUCGCUAUUAACAGAAUAGGACCAAAAGGAAAGCCUUUGAAAGAAGUGAUUGAGGCCAUAUGUGAAGCUACCUUACAACUGGUGACUGCUGUCAUCUGGUAUUCUCCUGUUGGGGUUGUGUUUCUGGUGGCCAGUCAGAUUGUCUCAAUGGACGAUCCAAUGCAAUCCUUUGAACAACUUGGUUUCUACUUCCUCACAGUGAUGUCUGGCUUGGCGAUACACGGCUGCAUUGUAUUACCAUUCAUUUACUUUAUAUUUGUGAGGAAGAACCCCUACAAGUUUAUGUUAGGUGUACUCCAAGCUAUGCUGACAGCUCUGGGAACAUCCUCAAGCUCAGCAACUUUGCCUGUGACUAUGAGAAACUUGGAAGAAAAUAAUGGCAUCGACCCUAGAGUAAUCGCCUUUGUUGCGCCUGUCGGGGCCACCAUCAAUAUGGACGGGACAGCAUUGUAUGAAGCUGUGGCUGUCAUCUUCAUCGGUCAGGUCAGAGGCAUUACUUUAGGCAUCGGCGAAGUCGUCGUUGUUUGCUUAACGGCAACAGCCGCAGCCAUCGGAGCAGCUGGUGUUCCUCAAGCUGGACUGGUUACCAUGGUGAUUGUCCUUACAGCUGUGGGCUUCCCUACUGAUGAUGUCGGCAUGAUUAUUGCAAUCGAUUGGCUGCUAGAUCGAUUUCGUACCAUGAUUAAUGUACUUGGCGAUACCUUCGGAGCCGGAAUCGUGGAUUGCUACUCUAAGGCUGAUCUCAGGCGAAUGGAUGAGGAGAAACAAAAACUGGCCAUGGUCAGUGAAGGAGAAGACAAGAUUGAACAACGAUUACUCCCCAAGAAGCACUCUGACACUAAUGGAGAGAGCACAAGGCAAAGUGGUCUUGAUAAUCCUGCUUAUGAAACAGCCAAAUUGUGAUAGCUAUCAUUUAUUUGGGUUAGGGAUGUAAAAUAGAAUUUCCACUUUUCAUUUGGACAUCGAAAAUUUAUUAAUUAUUUAUUUCCUUACUCUUUUACUGAUGUAUUUUAUUGUAGGUCUGCAAUAAAUUAAUGAGACAGAAAUCUUCUAAACUAUGGUUAAAACAGAGGUUGUCAUUCACUAUGAAAUGAAAUAGUAAAAUACACUUUUCAUUGUUGAAGAAAAGGGUUUAGCCAGUGUGACUAAAAUGUCUCAAGCCACUGUUGAGUAAUACAUUUAGCAGUGCACAGUAAUCAGCUAUUCAAAUUAUUUAAUUUAUUCCACUAUUCCUUAUAUACUGUGGAUCUGCAUGUAUUUUCCAACUUUAACUUCAUUAAAUAUUGUGUUUUCUGCUUGGCAUAUGAAACAGGAAUGUAUUUAAAAACUUCCCAUUACAACUAUCAACUUAAUUAUAUUAAAAAAAAAAACACCAACUUUUAGAUGAAUUCUCUAAGACAAUGUGAUCUUUGAAGAGAAUACUAAACAGUCAGCCCUCUAGCCUGUAUCAAUCUGAUGUCACAUCCCAACAUACAGUUCUUAGUAGUAGCAAUUACUUAGGGGUGAAGUGGAAAGUAGAUUAUGUUUUGAAGAGAGGGUCAAUGAUGCAAUCAAUUUGAACACUCUGAUGGACACACUUUAUUGUGGUGACCAGUCACUUCAUCCCCAAUUAAAUAUUUUUUACUUAGUUAUUGUGUAAUUGCCUUUAUUUCAUCUUAUAUAUAAAUAUGUUUUUUAGAAUACUUUUUGAUAAUUUAGACAUAUUGUUUAUAGUGUUGUAUUUAGUUCUAUUGUUUCUGUUUGUUGUAGGGAUGUCACUAUUAUCCUGCACAUAUUGCGUGAUUAAAGGCCAAGAAAUGGUGGAAGUAGGGAAAAUCUUUUGAGAGAGAUUAAGUACAAUUUGAAUAAUUAUGAUCAUGCUGAUCUGCAGUGUGGUGGAAGUAGUGGAAAUCUCUUAAAAGAUGAAAACAAUUAGAAUACUUAUGAUCUUGCCGCUGAUAACUUAUCUCCUGAAGGUCAUCUUUCAUUUUAUUUGUCAAUCGUUCUUUCUUAAAAAUGAGCAUGUCAUUUCAAACCCCGAUUUAACAUUUUAUUUAUUCUAAUAAACGCAGACUUCAAGAAAUAUGCAACACUGGCCAAGAAAUUACAAACGAUGUACAGCAAUACGAAUCAAUGAAUUGUCUUCUGUACCUACUAGCAAAAGCAUAUCUUGUUGAUUGCAAUUAACACUCAAAAACAUAAAUGUUAAUUUUUUUUAUUUUCAAUGAAAUUAUAUUCUAUUCUUACUUAAUAAUGUUACUUCUUUUUGUCAUGUAAAUAAAAUUAAAUAUAUAUGAAAUAUUGUUAAUUUCAUACUUUUUCCAAUUAUUAUUUUGAUGUAUUAGAGGAUGAAAUGACCAGGGGAUGAAGUGACUGUGUAUAAAAUGACCAGGGGUGAAAUGACCUGGGAUGAAGUUCAUUUUCCUCUCAUGUGAAUCUAAGUUUUUCACACAUUUUGUAAAUAACUACAAUGUCUUCUAAAAAGUUAAUGUAAUCAAAGUUGUUUAAUACACACAGGUUUGAAAAAUACACAUUUA